AGUUGAUAUCUCACUGAAGACUCCGCACGCAUUCGGAAUUCUUCAAAAUGCAACGUCCAGCAACUUUGGACCACCUUUCUAACUUCACUCCCAAAAUGUCAUUGUGGCCAAGAUCUCCGAUGUGGGACAUGACAAGAUCGCCAAUGUGGGAUGAUCCAUUCUUCCGGGAGCAGUAUGAACGCUUUCGAAUGAUGGAAAGGGGCAUGUUUCCAUACUGGAGAAAUGCUGACCCAUCCGUAAUGUCAGUGGCUAAUGAUACUCAACAGGUAAUCAACGAUGACAAGAGGUUUGCUGUCUCACUGGACGUUUCCCAAUUUCGUCCCGACGAACUGAAAGUCCAGCUGGAAGGUCGACAACUUGUGAUCGAAGGCAAGCAAGAAAACAAGGGUGACAACAACUAUACGGAAAGAUCAUUCGUUCGCAAGUGGACGCUCCCAGAUGAUGUGAACAUCGACGCUAUUCGCAGCGAAUUGAGCGAUGUCGGCCAUUUAUCCAUCGAAGCUCCAAAAACUGGGCAAAAGCCAGAGAACGUGCGCGCGAUUCCAAUCCAAAGAACACUUCAACAAUAAAAGUGUUAGCUAGUGGCC